AUGGCUCCCCCGGCCUUCGUCCCCGCCCUCGCCGUCCGCUCCUCGCACCCCCAUGUCUCCCUCCGCAACUCUUCUUCCCGCCCUGCCUCGCGCGCGCAUGCGGCGCGCACGGCGCGCACGGCCCCGCGCAUGGUCGUCUCCCCUCCCAAGCAAACCGUUCACCAGGACACGUCCCCCAUGACUCUGACGCGCUACAUGAUCCAGUCGGCAAUGGACAACACCGACCUGGAGCACAUGCAGGACAUGCAGUCGCUCAUGUCCUCCAUCCAGCUGGCGUGCAAGAAGAUCUCGUCGCUGGUGCAGCGCGCAGGCAUCUCCAACCUCACCGGCUUGGAGGACGGCGGCGGCUCGGUCAACGUCCAGGGAGAGGAGCAGAAGAAGCUGGACGUCCUCUCCAACGAGGUCCUCAAGAACGCCCUGCGCUACUCCGGCAAGAUGGGCAUCAUUGCUUCGGAAGAGGAGGACGAGCCUGUGGUUGUGGAUGAGGUGUACUCGGGCAACUAUGUCGCCGUAUUCGACCCGCUUGACGGCAGCUCCAACAUCGAUGCUGGAAUUGCCACCGGCACUAUCUUUGGUAUCUUUGUGCAGAACACCGGCUGCCUCGCGUCGGACUGGGAGUCCAAGAUUGACGAGUCCGAGCUCACUUGUUUGUACAACACCAUGCAGCCGGGCUCCAACUUGGUUGCUGCGGGUUAUUGCAUGUACUCCAGCUCGUGCAUGAUGGUGCUCACUACGGGCCACGGCGUCAACGGCUUCACGCUGGACCCGCAGAUUGGCGAGUUUGUGCUCACUCAUCCGGACAUGAAGAUUCCCGAGAGAGGCAACAUCUACUCGUUCAACGAGGCCAACGAGCCCGCGUGGGACCCCAUCCUGCAGAAAUAUGUCCAGAACCUCAAGACGGGGCAGGGGCAGACCAACCAGAGAUACUCGAGCCGCUACAUCGGCUCGCUGGUCGCGGAUGUCCACCGCACCAUUUUGUACGGUGGCGUGUUUGGAUACCCAGGGGAUGCUAAGAACCCGAACGGCAAGCUGAGAUUGCUGUACGAGUGCGCGCCCAUGAGCUUUAUUGUCGAGCAAGCUGGGGGGAUCGCGACCACAGGGAAGGACCGGAUCAUGGAUAUCAUCCCCAACGCCGUGCACCAGAGGAUGCCGUUGAUUAUUGGAAGCAAGGAUGACGUACAAGAGCUGGUGGACAUGUACGCGGCGGCCGAGGAAUAAGGCGAGGUUUCACCAGAGAAUUAAAAGUUUUUUUUGUGUGUUG